UCGCGUCAUCAAUACGUUGAUGGAUAGCGUAUAUACCCUGGUAGAUACGCUUGUCCUCGACUAUUCCCUCCCUCGUCUCCACCAUUACACAUAUCUCUUCGAAAUCCUCCCGCUCACCUGGAUUCCUAUAUGUUAACGCUCGUCCACUUUUGCAAUACGCCUGAUUGUGGAUGAAGAAUGGCCAUCUAUGGAUGCUGACCUAGUCAGAACGGCCAGUGAGAGUAUUGCGGAGGCUCCCCGAUGCCACUUCUCAGACCAACAAUUCAAUGUCAUUCGAACCGGAAACCAAUUACUUCCUACCAUGAUAGGUUUCAAAUCUGAACUCGGUAUUCAAGAUCCUCGUUCCAUCAGCGUUAAAACGUGGAGAUACCGAGAUUGGGUCACAAGCCCCUAA